UCCCUAGAUGAAGUAAGAGGGAGAAUCCUUGGAACCAAGCCUCUCCCUACUAUUCGAGAAGCUUUCUCAGAGGUUAGAAGAGAAGAAAGCAGGAAGAAGCUGAUGAUGGGAACAAGGCCAUUCUCCAAUGUUCAGGAAGGAUCAGCACUCAUCUCCCAAGGCUCCACAAACAUUCAAGAAGGAACUGCCCUUGUUUCCCGAGGCUAUGAUGCAAGGCAGAAGAAAGGAAGACCAUGGUGUGAUCAUUGCCGCAGACCAGGUCACACCAAAGAAACAUGUUGGAAAAUACACGGGAAGCCCACUGACUGGAAGUCAAACAAGGAGAAGGAGGCACGAGCAUUUGUGGCAGAUCCUGAAGGGAAAGAAAGAAGUACCAAUGAUUCUGCUCUCUUUAGCAAAGAACAAGUGGAUUGGCUGCAAAAGAUGUUUAGCCAAGGAUCAUCCACUAACCCCGUUAUCUCAACCGGAUCCGCUGCUCAGAGAGGAUUUGGCUUCGGGGAUGAUGAUUGGCAAUGCUAAGGAAAGCAAAGGACUCUACUGGUUUAGGGCAGCUGGAAAACAAGACUCUCAAGCACAUCAUGUAUCUUUCUCUGAUCCUAGGUUAAACCUGUCUUUAGAUUCAAAUAAAGAAAGUACCAUCAUGUUACUGCAUUAUCGCCUAGGACACCCAAAUUUUAUGUACUUAUCAAAGAUGUUUCCAGCACUAUUUAAAAACAAAAAUCCCAAACUUUUCCAAUGUGAGAUUUGCCAAUUUUCUAAGCAUUGUCGUAACUCUUAUCCAUCCCAAAAUUACAAACCAUCAAAACCUUUUUCCAUUAUUCAUAGCGACAUUUGGGGACCCUCUCGUGUUCACAAUAUCUCUGGGGCUAGAUGGUUUGUUAGCUUUGUUGAUGACCAUACUCGAGUUACGUGGGUAUUUCUCAUGAAGGAAAAAUCAGAGGUAGGUUCUAUCUUCAAAUUCUUUCAUUCCAUGAUUCAAACACAAUUUCAAGCUAAGAUCCAAGUGUUUAGAACAGACAAUGCCAGGGAGUACUUCAAUGUUAUACUCGGAAAUUAUCUUCUAGAAAAUGGGAUUAUUCACCAAAGUUCCUGCAUUGAUACCCCACAACAGAAUGGGAUAGCCGAGAGAAAAAAUCGACACCUUCUAGAGGUAGCCCGAUCUAUUAGGUUUACCACUCAUGUCCCAAAACAAUUCUGGGGAGAGGCUGUUUUAAAUGCUACAUACCUAAUAAAUAGGAUGCCUUCUAGAGUCUUGAAAUUUGAUACUCCAUGCCAAACCCUUUCCAAAAACUUUCCUCUAAAUCGGAUUAUAACUGAUAUACCUCUCAAGGUCUUUGGAUGUUCUGCAUAUGUUCAUCUCCCUCCUCAUCAACGAAGUAAACAUGAUCCCAAGUCUAUCAAGUGUAUCUUUAUCGGUUAUUCCUCUUAUCAAAAGGGGUAUAAGUGCUAUUGUCCUUCCACUCGGAAAACCUAUAACACUAUGGAUGUGACCUUUCUUGAGAAUGUACCUUUUUACACCAAAACUCAUAUUCAGGGGGAGAAUCCAGUCAAUCAGCAAGCAGAAUAUCAGUUUUGGGAUGUGCCCGUGCCUGACUUUGGGGUGCCAGAACCUAAUUUUUCCAGUGAACCAUCUAUGGCACCGGAUGGACCACCAUCAGAGUCACAUCAGAUUCAAGGAGACAAGGAGUCCAUUGGCAAAGAACUUCAAGUUUACUCAAGGCGUCAGAAGAACCCUAAACCGGUGGACCUACAUCCUGAGCUUCCUCCUGUGCCUUGUCAAACUGAUGACCCGAAAUCAAAUCCCACCGGAGUCAUUCAAGGUAAUAUUGAUUCUCCUGUUAUUACUGAUGACAUUGACUCUAUGGAUGAUCUCAAUAGGCCCGUGGCCCAUAGAAAGGGAGUAAGAUCUUGUACUCAGCAUCCCAUCUCAAAAUUUGUGUCCUAUGAGAAGCUAUCUCCUAAUCUUCGAGCUCUCAUCACAAAUCUGGAGAGUAUUGCUCUCCCAAACUGCAUACAAGAGGCCUUACAGCAUCCUGAGUGGAGAAAGGCAGUGAAUGAAGAAAUACAAGCACUGCAGAAGAAUGACACUUGGAAGAUUAUGAAAUUACCACAAGGAAAACGCCCUGUGGGUUGUAAGUGGGUCUUCAAUGUCAAAUACAAGGCAGAUGGGAGGAUAGACCGGUACAAGGCAAGGUUGGUGGCCAAAGGAUUUACACAAACCUAUGGGAUUGAUUUUCAAGAAACUUUUGCACCAGUUGCAAAGUUAAAUACAAUCCGAGUCUUGCUAUCCUUGGCAGCCAACCUUGAUUGGAAUUUGCAUCAACUAGACGUCAAAAACGCAUUUCUCAAUGGCGAUCUUGAAGAAGAAGUCUACAUGGAGAUUCCUUCAGGCCUAAAACUCUCCAGUAGCAAUGACCUAGUCUGCAAACUUCAGAAAUCACUCUAUGGGCUUAAGCAAUCCCCAAGAGCUUGGUUUGAGAGGUUUACUAAGGUGAUUAAAGGAGAGGAAUUUUCACAAGGGCAAUCUGAUCACACUCUUUUCAUUAAGAGAUCGCCUGGUGGUAAGAUUACAGUUCUUAUAGUCUAUGUUGAUGAUAUAAUUGUUACCGGGAAUGAUGAAGAGGAAAUUUCCCGACUUAAAACAGUUCUAAGUAAAGAAUUUGAGAUUAAAGAUCUAGGAACUUUGAGGUAUUUUCUUGGCAUGGAGGUAGCAAGGUCAAGCAAGGGUAUCUUUGUAUCACAACGAAAGUAUACUCUUGACUUGUUGAAGGAAACAGGAAUGCUUGGAUGCAAACCCUCUAAUACUCCUAUGGAUCCAUUCAACAAGAUAGGCUCAAAAGAAGAUAUGGUUGCUGUUGACAAGGGAAGAUAUCAAAGACUAGUUGGAAGGUUAAUCUACUUAUCACACACAAGACCUGACAUCAGCUUUGCAGUGAGUAUGGUUAGUCAAUUUAUGAACAAUCCCACCGAAGAACAUCAAGAAGCCGUAUAUAGGAUACUACGCUACUUAAAGAUGACUCCAGGUAAAGGAUUAUUCUUCAAAAGAGUGGCAAGCCGUGACGUGGAGAUCUUCUCAGAUGCAGACUGGGCUGGUUCCUUAACAGAUAGAAGGUAUACUUCAGGUUAUUGUACCUAUGUCUGGGGCAAUCUAGUUACUUGGAGGAGUAAGAAGCAAUCGGUUGUGGCACGCAGCAGUGCAGAAGCGGUAGUUCGUGCCAUGGCCCAUGGAAUUUGUGAAGGGAUAUGGUUAAAAAGGCUGCUUGAAGAACUCCAGCUCGCUCCUCACGGACCUAUGAAGUUGAUGUGUGACAAUCAAGCAGCAAUCAGCAUCGCAAAAAAUCCAGUCCAUCAUGAUCGAACCAAACAUGUUGAGAUUGAUCGUCACUUCAUCAAAGAGAAGAUAGAGCAAAAGAUCAUAGAAGUGGACUACAUCCCUACACGGCAACAGAUUGCAGAUAUAAUGACAAAGGCUGUUCCUAGAACCCAAUUUGACAUACUUCUCUCCAAGCUGGGAAUGAUUAAUAUUCAUUGCCCAGGGGGAGUGUGGAAUUCCGGAUUUAUGGAUGAUUGUAGGAUGAAAUUAGAAGAUAUUACAGGCUGUAAUUAGAGAUUUGCUAGCUGUAAAUAGUUGUAGAUUAUUUUCUAUAGAUAGGAGAUAGUUUCCUCUCUUGUGGGAUCUGACAGAGCUUUUUAAGGAAUUACCAGGCUGUUGGUAAUCUCCUAUUUCCCUAUAAAUGUAUUUUCUGCAGUGUAAAUGAUAUAGAAGAAAAUUCUCACAAUUAUCUUCAAUUAUUA